AUGGCAAUUGACGAUGCUAGCCGCAACUCUCCCUGGUUUGCGGCCGGCAAGCUCGAUCACCGCGCUGCCGUUCAAGCCCUCACAAGCGUGGACUUGCGUGAAGGCGCCUUUUUGGUUCGCCGUAGCAACACUGGAGAUCACCUCGUCCUCUGCUAUGCCAAUGCCGAGGGUCAAGUGAAGAAUGAACAAAUUGUCCUUGGUCGCUCAGGCAUUCGCCUCAAGCGCUCCAAAACCAGCUUCCCAGUUCUUUCCGAACUCAUCUCCUUCUACUGCAAUCCCAACAACCGCGUCGUUUCCACACUCCAGGUUGUCUUGGACAAGACAGCUUUUGAGGGGCAAGAUGUGUCUUUGCAGCGUCGCGGCUCGCUCAAGUCCCAACCAACGCGGACGCCUUCCGCACGUGAGAGCCUCGAAUUCUUCCAACCCCACUCCUCCAACCACGCCGACCAGCCUCCUUUCAUCAAACGAGGAUCCGGCCUCCGUGUCACGGAAAAGGUCCGACGAACGACAAUGGAGUACGCCAAGGCCCCCUCACCUUCAGACAGCAAGUCCUCGGAUGGCAACGGCGGCAACAAUGUCCCCAUUUGCGAGUUUGAUGUCAUCUUUGACAAAGUCAUCCGCAACGCCGUGGCCGAUGUCAUGCUCAAAACUCCCCUUCGCCGCGUGCUUAACCUCCAUGGUGUCGGCGCCAUGGUACACCGCAGCACGCGCCCCGAGGCUCGCACGGCCGAACCACAAAUCUCAGAUGCCGCGGAUCCCGCCAUUGUUGCCAUCAGUGCCGUCACCGCCCUCCAACCUCUGAGCGACCCCGCAACGCCCCGGCAAACGGCCAUGAGCUCUGCCUUUAGUACCAACUCACCCCUCAAGAACAGUCAGCACGAAGAGUACUGGAAGCCCAGCAACACUGCCGACUGGAUGCUUGAACUCAACGUCGAAGCUUGGCUGGAGAGCGACGUUCAGCAGUGGCUGCACAAUAUUGGCAUGAGUCACCGCGCCAAAGCCUUUGAGGACGCGGCCAUUGAUGGCGAGGCUCUCCUACAGCUGGAAGGUGAUCAAGACCGUCUUGCAGAACUCGGGCUUUCCCAUCGCGAGCAGCGCACAUUUCACAAGGAGCUCGCUGCGUUGCCCAAGCGCCCGCCGCCAUUGUCCGCUGCAGACUCGACCGUACAGCUCUAUCCCAAAGAACGCGGGCAUGAUCCGCCACUGGGUCCCCUGCGCGACUGGGACCAGUACGAAGUCCGCAACUGGGCUUUGUACGAGGGCCUGCCCGAGGGCAUUGCCUUCAAACUCGCUCACGGUGGCGUUACGGGCCCGCUCCUGCUCGAGCUUAACGAGGAAAAGCUGGGUGCCUUGGACAUUGACCCCUUUGCUGAACCCGCGCAACGCCUGCUUGACCUCGUGGACGCCAUGGACCUCGAGACAUCUUAUCGCGAUGACGAUGAAGAAGACUUUGACAUCUUGCCGCCACAGGUCGAGGCGUGGACGCCAGACCACGUCUAUCGCUUCAUGAUGGACACGGGGUUUGGCGAGCAGGCCGCUACCUUCCGCGCACAUCGCAUCAAUGGCCGCGCUCUCCUUGCGCUCAAAAGUCAUGCUCUUGCCGAGCUGGGCCUCACCUCCGCCGCCGAUCAGGAGGCCUUUCAAGCCGUCGUCAAGCAGGCCUACGAUGAAGGCAUCGAGAGUCAAGAUGCCACGCUGUGGCCCUUGGACAAGUUGCUGCUACAUCUGGAGCAACAAGGCGUCUCUCCACAUGCCGUACGUGCCUUGGACGAGCAUCAAAUCAAGCCUGCCGCGUUUCUGCAGAUGCAACCGCAAGAUCUCCGAGCCAUUGGCAUCAAAAAUCCGGAGGAGCAACAACACUUGAUGGAGAUUGCCGCCAAGCUUCUGAACUCCUCACCACACGGCCGCGAAGAAGAGAGCCCCAGUCACUUGUAUUAUCGCCAGGGCUUUCCCUCCCAAAUGGUGCUCCUGUGGACUCCAGAGGAUGUCUCGACCUGGCUCGAAGCCAUAGAUCUACAGCACAUUGCGCCCGUCAUGCGGCAGUUUGACGUGGAUGGACCCAAGCUGCUGACAUUGCAGCAUGAAGACCUGGAUGCCAUGGACAUUGUGGAUCAAACGGACCUGGAGAUCUUGCGGGAAGAGCUUCAGGUGCUUUGGGACCGCUCACAAUACGAGCACGACCGACAGCUGAAGCGCCCGCCAGUCGAGGAGUUUGACGUUACUCUGUAUCGCGAUGUGAAUGGUCGCUUUGGCUUUCACGUUGGUGGAGGGGAGGGCCAUGACGUCUCGAAAGCAUACCUCGUCACCAUGGUGACCCCGAAUGGCGCGGCGCAUGACAAGCUUCAGCCAGGCGAUGAAAUCAUCUCAGUCAACGGCCGCUACAUUGAUCAAAGCUCUCUGGAUCAUCUGCGCAGCUUGAUCAAGCGCUGCAAGUCGGAGCUGAUGCUGCGCAUUCGCCGCCCUGUGGAGCUACCUCGGGAGUUGACCUUGCUGCAGUCUCGUCUCUCGUCCACCCGAAGCAAGCGAAUCAGCUCACGCUCCAUGACGUCAGGCUCCGGUGGCACGCGAUCCAUCACAGGGGCGCGUGGCCGGCGUCAGGCCGCCCGACCUACCGGUGCCGCUGACAAUCGACCCGAGGUGACGCUCAAGCACGUCGACCCACAGGAUACCCCCUCGGACCGACGGUCAAGCCUCCCAUAUGCCACCCCUCGAGGCGACUUUGUGGAUCCACGUCGCGUCUUGGAGCUGCAAGAAGCAGAAGCCCGCGAGCGCCGCCGCUCCACGCCGCCAAGUCUAGAACAUGGGCUCUCUCCCGUCCACGGGGGUCGUCACAGCGCCAUGGCCAGUGAUAUGGAGGACAUUGUGAGCAUCACUGACUCAGCGCUCAAGCGUGGCAUGGGUGCAGGUACGCGGGCUCGUGUGGCAUCAUUGGUGCGCACGGCAUCCGUGGUGAGCUCGAGUGACCAAGCCAACGAAUCUGAUGCGGCUGACCCGCCCAUGAUUGCCACCUUUGGAGUGGACCAUGAUCAUCCCAUGUAUUGGAAUGCGAGUCGAGUCUGUGCCUGGUUCGAGGAGGGUCGCUUGGCGCGGUUUGGCAAGAUGGCCAAGCGCAAGAAGCUGACGGGCUUGCAGCUGUUGCGGAUGCAUGUUCCUGAGGAUCUGGAAGAGGUGGAAUCUGACGUGGCCGAGCGUUUGCAUGCUGCGGAGAUGAUUCGUGCACUGCAGCAGACCUUCCCUCUGCCCUUUGUGGCCAGCUGGACCGUCAGUGAUGUGGCCGACUGGCUGGACCAGGUCGAGUGUGGCAUUGUCAAGAAGACUUUUGCGCGCAAACGCAUUGAUGGUCCAGCUUUGUGCCGUCUGUCCAACGCCCACAUGGAUGACCUGGGUGUACCAGCGGAGCGGCGACACGACCUUUUGCUUCGCAUCCAGCAGCUGAGCACGCAAGAGCGCCCCAUGGCGCGCAAUGCUCGUAGCUGGUCUUUCCCAGAGGUCAAGGCCUGGCUUGAAGCUGAGGGCUUUGGUCAUCUGUGUCCCAACUUGCGACGCAAGGUGACGGGUGACGAAUUUAUGCACAUGGACAGCCACGAAGACCUCCUCAAGCUCGGCAUUCGUGACCCUUCCGAGCAGGUCGAGCUUUUGGAGCAUAUCGCAGAGCUGCGGCGCCAAGCUGCAGGCCAGCGUCGCAUGAGCAGCUCACUCCGAGGCAACGCUGCGCGCGGUGGUUCCAGCCAGGGCCAAAAUAGCCCGACGCAUGCCUCGACGCAGCGCCAGGCAUUGCGCCAGCAGGUAUCGGCUGGCUCUCUCAAGCUGGAUAAUGCAGCUCUGUGGCCCUGUUCCCAGGUCGUUGACUGGCUCUAUGUGCAGGGUUGUGGCCAGUACUGUCUGACCUUUUUCGAGGCAAAUGUGGACGGUCCUGCCCUCCUGGCGGUGGACUUGGAGCGGCUCUCUGCGCUCGGUUUGGACGAGGCUGGGGCUGGCCUGGUCCUGAAGAACAUUGACGUGUUGAGUUUGGAAAUGAGCCAGCGCCAGGGAAUUGAGCAUGGCCUCAAAUCUGCUCCGUGGCGCAUGGGGGUGCCCGAUGUUGAGCUGUGGCUUUUGUCCCAUGGCCUGGGCAAGUACAACCCCGACUUUCAGCGACGACAGAUCACGGGAAUUGAUCUGGUCCUGCUCACUCGCGCCAAGCUCAUCACGCUGGGCAUGGAGAACGAGGAGGAUCAAAACACGUGCCUCAACGCCGUGGAACGAAUGGUCGAGGUCAUGUCCUACCCAUUGUUGCUGAACCUCUCCAGCUGGGACGUGGACCAAGUGUGCGCGUGGUUGCGUCGCCAGGGACUGGCGAGCUUGAGCACGCGCUUUCAGAGCAACGGCAUCGAUGGGGCUGCUUUGCUGGAGCUGACAGCUGUUCGGUGCUACCAAAUUGGAGUGCAUCAUGCUGCCCAUCAGACGGCUUUGUUCACUUCGUUGGACCUGUUGAAGCGUGCAGCCAAGCGUUCUGGCUCCCAGGGCCCACCCCAGCUGUGGACCGUGGAAGACGUUCUGCAAUGGCUUGAGGCGAACGAUUUCGUGGCGCUCAUGGAGCACAUUGGCAAGCUCGGCGUGUGUGGCCCAUUGCUCCUGGAGCUGACGGAGGAAGACCUUGCCAACAUUUUCGAGUCUCGCAUCACGGAGGACACGGCGCGGCGGCUGCUGGAUGCCAUUGGACGCUUGACAAAGCGCCGCCGCCGUCCCUCAGUUGCGGCACGGGCCGACUUUUUCUCGCCUGAAAAACUCAAUGCCAGCGUAUCGCACUGGUCCAUGAAUGACGUUGGACAGUGGUUGGAGGGCAUUGCCAUGGGGCACCUGAGAAGCGUGUUUCUCAACAACUCCAUAUCCGGCCCCUCCCUGCAGCGUCUCUCGCCGGAUGAUUUGACAACCAUGGGGAUCUUGGACGGACGCGCGCGUGCCAUUCUGAUGACGGAAAUAGCACGCCUGCGCAAGAGCGACCCAGCCUCCCGCGGUGGUUCAGUCCUGCGUCGCCCUGCCCUGGACACGGAUGACGAGGCAGUCGGGGAGGUGGCUGAAACUGCUGGAGUCAAGUCCUCAGAAUCUGCCGCAGCGCCUUCAGUGCCGGCUGCACCCGUGCCGCCUCAGCAGCAGCAGCAGCAGCAGCAGCAGCAGCAGCAGCAGCAGCAGCAGCAGCAGCAUAUUGAGGACCUCUUGGACCUGUCAGCGGGCUGGGCGCGACCAGAUAUGCAACCACACCGCGCGCAGCAGCUCUUGACGGGCGCCACGCCUGGUCACUUUUUGGUCCAUCAAGCGGCCAACAGCCAGAUGCUGCAACUCUCAUAUGUGAACGAGCAUGGCGCCGUCCGCUCGCCGCAGCUCUCCUAUGACCGGCCUGGUCAGGUCACCACGCGUGGCGGUCAUGCAUUUGCAUCUUUCACGGACCUGCUUGAGCACUACGCAAACCCAGAGCAUUGCGAUGCUGAUGUGACGGCUGCUUUGGACGCAGCCUCGACAGAAGCCCGACUACAUGCCAUCGACACGAGCGAUCUCCAAAACGCGAGCUUUUCACGCGAGCUCAGCCUGGAGCAGCGUGCUCGAUGGAAUCGCACCGCUGACCGUGGCUUUGACGCUGUGACCUUGCUCCACGACCGUUCUCCGGGCAGUUUCUUCGUGACUCAACCACGGGCCAACGAGUGGCAGUUGGUGGUCCAGCAAGGGACUGAGGUCGCCCAGUAUGCCAUCAUGUAUGACAAGGCCGAGCAGGUGUUCCGGUUGGUUCGAGCUGAUGGUCAGCCAUCGACACAGAGUGCCCCCACCUUGGCUAAGCUGGUGGCACUCUAUGGGCGGCCGACCGGUGACAUUCCGGUCAUGUUGCGGCUGCCCGAGGUGCAGGAGGACAUUCAAUCGCAGAUUCGUCGGUCUAGCAAGUCUGAGGCCCCCUUGGUCUGGUGGCAGCCAGAGUGGAGCGAGGCUCAGGCAACCGAGGUCUUGCAAAGCCGGCGCGUGGGUGCCUUUGUCAUCGUGCAUGAACUCACGGACCGGGAGUUGCCGCUGGUUUUAUUGUAUCGAGAUACGCACGGGGUGAAGCGCGAGCUCAUCGACGUGGCUGUAAAAAACGGCCGCAUGCUGGUGCAUCUGGUCAACCACCCCACCGUGGCUUGCGACACGUUGAACGACUUGGUUGCGGCGGUGGUGGAACGUCACGCCAUGCUGGCAUGUCCGUUGGUCGUGUCUCGCCAUCCCGAGGAAGAGGUGGGCCUCAACCCAGCUCGGGCGUUGUAUCAGCUGCGCAGCCGAGGACAAGGGGCUUUCUUGGUGUAUCAGGCAAGCAAGGACCUCUUCCGACUGGCAUAUCGCUUCCAGAACGAGGUGGUUGAGGAAGAUAUCAUCCGUGGCCGCGUGGGCGGCAAGCACGGAUUUGCCCUGCGCACCAAUCCAAUGCAGGUGUAUCCAACCCUAUGGGACUUGGUGACGCAGCAUGAGGACCGGAGCGGCACGUUGCGCUGUGCGCUGCGUGUCUCCGUGUCCUCCUUGCUCCACCAAGAGAUGCCCUCGAUCCUUCCCAGCGAUACGCCCGUGGAUUGGACCUGGUGUCAGGUGGGCCUCCCAGCACACCAGGCGCUGCAAGAGUUGGAUCGACGUCCACCCGGCACCUUUGUGGUUCGCACGCCCGAACCUGAAGACGAGGCGCUACCGGGCGGGACAGACGUGGUCUUGGUCUUGACCGUGUUGGAAGAGGAUGGCUUGCAGCACGUGCCCAUCAAUUUCUCACUGCAGAGCGGACAUGCGGGCCUGACCCUGGCCAAUGACGGCGAUUCCACGUUUUCGAGCAUUGAAGCACUACUCGUGGCACUGCUGAAGGGGGGUGCUAGCGACUCUACUUCAGACUUGCAUUUGCGUUGGCCGCCCGUCAACACGCGCCUGAACCGCAUGAUGAGCCCGCGAAUGUCUCGCAAGACCUCAGGACCAGGCGCUCAGUUUUCCUGGUGGCAGCUGGGCAAACCAGCCGAUGAAGCCUUACAGGUCUUGGAGGGGCAGAAGACGGGGUACUUUGUGAUUCGCGAUGAUCCAGAACGUACAGGACACUACAUUCUCUCGUAUUUGUUCCAAAGCAAGGUGUUGGAUGAGCCGCUAUCGCGAGCAACGCGCAGUAAGCUCCUGAAUCAAGGGUAUCACCUGGACCGCGACUUGAACCACAUCUACCCGAGCCUUCAGCUGUUGGUGGAGGAUCACACGCAGCAUGCUCACUCUCUGCGGUGCUGUCUUCGUAUUUCUGAGCACGUGUCACACGAGCUCACCCCGGAUCAACCGACAAACGCGUCGCCGUCGGGAUCAUUGCGCCAGUAG